AUUUAUAACAAUACCUAACAAUUAGCUACCGUUCCCUAUCCUACAUACUAUGUCCAACUGUUGGUCAUUCAUAAACUCCGGCAAAAGCUACGAUAAAAUACACUUAACUCCCGAUGACAUCGGAGUGCCCACUAAUUUCCAGCACAUACAGCACAUGGAUGUGAAAACUCAUAUCGAGGACCAGGCGCCCAAAAGUAGAUCCUCGUCCUUGAGGUCUGACCACUCGAAUGACCUAUUGUUGCAAGAAUUGAGGACUAAAUUGAAAAUCCCUAUCGCCGGACCCACACAGCCAUCACAACCACCUGUGUCGCUGCUAGACAUGACUGUCCCCUUACAAGACGUCGAUAACUAUAUAAUAAAUGUUGGGAAUUGUAAUACAGUUCCCCGAAAGCCUCCCCGCGGGACGGGACGGGUCAACACUCGACCCAAAAAGUCUCAUAAGUCGAGUGUAGGGUUAGAUAAGGACGACAUUGGAAUGCCUACCGAUUUUCAACACAUCCAACGCUGGACUUUCUCGUACGGCCUGAACAUACCGGAGCCCGUCUAUGAGGAGAUUACAGAGUGUCGACCCGUUUCCGUAAUGGCGCCCAAAGUGGACGACCCUUUA